UUAGAAUAAAACGCAAAGAUGAUGACACUGCGAACGUUUUACCACGUUUUACGUUAGUGACGCCGUUUUCACAAACAAACAUGUUGUCGCGAUUUUACAUCCUGUUUUUCCUGAUCAUCAACAGUGGCGCAGCGCGGGAAAGUCGUGACCAGAACGUACGCUUCAUGUUGAGUCUGUACCAAAGUGCAGCGGAACCGGACGGAAGAACUAAACAAUACCGGAAGUUUGGUUCUAAUACUGUGCGGCUUCUGAGACCCGCCACGUGCACGGUACAGCACCUUCCUGCGUCAAGAGACCACCACCACCACACGUUCCAGGUCCAGUAUGAGCUGGACACUUUUCCCACGGAGCAGCUAAUCAGAGCCUCCUUUGUACACCUCCGAUCCUCCUCCUCCUCCAACAGCAGGAGUAGUUGGGCCCUGGGACCUCCACGCUGCACGGCUACGGUCACCUCUCUGGGCCCACAGAGCCUGGUGACCCUGGAGCCUCAUCAGCAGUGGACGGAGACAGACAUCACAGCACAUGUGACCACACAUAUGCUGCAAAAGAAGGAGCAGGGUGGAGGUCACCUGACCCUCAGAGCUCAGUACAGGUGCACCGAGCCUAAUUCUGCCGGAUACAACAGCACCGCUUGGUGGUGGAGACAGUGGUCUGGUCUUGGUGGGCCAGUGCAACUUCAUGUCGAGGUGCCUUCUCUCCUCCUGUAUCUGGAAGAGCAGAGGGAGGGAAAGGAGUGGAUGGAGGAGUUGCUGGGAGAUCAAGGGAGGAACAUUGUGAAAAGAAUGGCGGGCUACAGCCCUUUGCUGCGACGCCGUCGCUCCAAGGAUCCAUCAGGACCUGAGAAGCCUUUAGUGGAGGCUCUGAAGAACACUGUCAUCACCUCCUCCUCCACCACCACCUCCCCUUCCUCCCCCAUAACCUUCACCUUCCCCAGCAUGAUCAAACGUAAGACCAGCCUUCAAAAGAAUCGCUGCCGUCUUCAUUCCUUUCGUCUGUCCUUCAGUGAACUAGGUUGGGGUCACUACUUCAUCGCCCCGCCUGUCUACAAUCCACGUUUCUGCCGCGGUGACUGCCCACGCCUUCUGCCGUACAGUUACCACUCACCAAACCAUGCUAUCAUUCAGACACUUAUCAACCAGAUGGGCGUGGCUGAGGUGCCCCCGCCCUCCUGUGUGCCCUACAGCUACAUGCCCAUGAGCGUACUGGUGGUCCACCAAAAGAAAGUGGAGUACCGUGAGCUGGAGGACAUGGUGGCCCAGUCCUGUACCUGCCGCUGAGUAGGACACAAGAGUGACACAUUACAUGGACCGAGGCGAAGCCUCGAGCCUUAAACAGCACUUUAGAAAAAAGCAGUGGCUAAACUGUAAACCUAAUGGAAAUAAUGAGUGUGCACGUGAAGAUAAUGAAAGAAAUCAUUAGUGUGUAUGUGGAGAUAAUGAUGAAUGUGCACGUGAAGAUAAUGAUAUGAAUCUUUUAAAAAGAAAAAAAAAACUUAGCAAAAAAAAAGUUUGUUGUGGAAAUUAAUUAAAAUAACCCCUUCCGGUCUUUUAUGGUGUGUGGAUUUUCAC